AUGCAGACGUACGUGAAAAAUAACUGGAAGGCAGCCGUUAUCGUGUCUGUAUUAGUGGCAACUGUGAGCUCUCUGGUCACCUAUCAUUCAUCGCAAUCCGGAUCCAAACCGCCACAAGUGGCUUCGUCUCACUUGCCCUCCUUCACAACAACCUUGCUCCAAGGAACUGAGCAAUCCGACUAUGGGAUACGAAUGGAUCCACAGAUCCGAGAUUGCAGUAAUGAAGGGCAUUGGAAGAUGACUUUUCCAGACCUAGACUACAGCUUGCUUGGUUAUGAUAUUCUCUAUGGGUAUCCCUUGGCUAACGGACGCGAUCCAGGGUUCAGACACCCCAUUUUCAGGGCUGACUUCUCCAAAGCGAAACAAAGUUCAGAUUGUCGCUAUACAUAUCCUGAAGGCUUUAUGGUAGUCCCAAGUGAAUCUUGUGUGGUGUCGUUUCAGUCAAAAUUGAUUCGUAAUAGACAACAGAUGUCCGAGCACCUGAGAUUUCAAGCUAGUGUUGAAGGAAGCGGAUGGGGGUUUGAGUUUUCUGCCAGCACCGAGUAUAAGAAAGAUACAGCUGAGAUGUCAUCGGGGGAAUUCCUGAUCGUCUUGUCACACGCUGAAUGUCAAAAUUACUACAGUAUAAUUGAUUUCACGAAUCCACCACCAUUUGACCCUGGAUUCCUUUCCUGGGCAAAAAAACUCGCCGUGCCGAAGACCAGUGACGAAGCUAUCAUGGAAUUUGUUCAAUAUUACGGCACUCAUUUUUUCAGUGACGUGACGUUCGGGGCAAAAUUUGUCCAACACCACAAACUCAGUCAGAAGACCUAUGAAUCCUUAAAGACAAGUGAAAUCAGCGUUGAAGCGCAAGCAAGCUACUCAGGACUCUUCAGUAUUGGGGGUGGAUUUUCUUUGGACAAAAAGCAAAGUGAGGCCGCAUCAAACUUUUCAAAGUCCGUUGAGACGAUCACAUAUACUGUGGGAUCCACGCCACCAAGUAACGGAGAUGCUUUGACUUGGGCAGCGUCCGUAGACCAGAACCCAGUCCCUAUGCUCUAUUCACUUUCGCCCAUCGAUGUUCUGUUCACUGAGCCGUUUACCAAGAGUCUGCCGCGUGACGUGAACUAUACUGCAAUAAGAGAAAACCUGAGAAAUGUCUCACAAGUCUACUUUCACGCUCUAGCAAAAGCAGGAUUGGUCCACUCUUCUGAUCUUCGCUUUCAUCUUCGGUCCGAAGGUGUGGACAUCUUUGAAAAAGGUAGUCAUGCUUUUGUUGCAAGUAAUGUCACAGGCUACAAGUCCCUAAAAAACGUUGACAACUCCACUUGUCUCUCGUUUUGUCGUCAAGAUGAAAAUUGCGCAUCUGUUGUGUACAGUCAACUUCAUCCCCCGUUCAAGAAUUCAAACUGCAGAUUUUUCAACAACACUGCUAAUCUCACCCUUGUGGAUCCAGCGACCUUUAACCCACCCAGACGGUCAGUCUUAAUUAUCCCAGAGAGCGCGCAAAAAGGGUUUUACUUGCAAGCUGCCCUAAUAGGAAAACCCUUUCUAGUAGAUGACGCAAACACCUUAGAAGAUUGUGACGACAAUUGUUUCCACAAAGAGGCCAGCAGCCGCUUUUGCGAUGCUUAUACUUUCAAUCUGACCUCAGUCGCCAGUGGUCGCUGCUCCCUGUACACAAAGAAAGACAUAACAAGCAUCGUGUACAGUCGCAGUGUAAUACAUGUAGUAACAAGAUUGUAG